AUGAAUUUAGAAGAAUUGAAUGAAGAUGAAAAGAAAACAAUUCAAGUUGUUAAAGAAUUUAGAGAUUUUCUUGAAUAUGAGUACACAUUGAAAGAUAAUAUUAGAUUUUCAGCAGAUAGCACUUUGAACAUGUGGAACAAUUGUCCUGAUAGUUAUAUUGCAGCAAUUAAAGAAGAAAUUAAUGGUGAAACUGAUGAUUUUAAUUACAUUAAGAGACUUGAAGAAUUAAGCAACAAAAUUUUCAAUAAGUUCAGUGCUUUAGAUGAACAAGAAGAAAUAAAUCCAGAAGAAAAUAAAGAACUAAAACAAACAAUUGAAAUAGGUAAAGAAAUAGUUGAACAAGAAAUAAGUGAUUAUCAAAAGAAAAACCAAAGUUUACAAAAAGAAAUAGUAGAUCAUAAGAAUAAGAUAAUAAAUUUAAAGAAGGAAUUUGAAAACUUAAAAGAAACAGACUAUGAAAGUUACAGAAAAGAAAAAGAUAAUGAAAUAACUAAUAAAGAUAAUCAACAUCAUCAACUAAAUACUGAAGAUAAAAUGUUUAGAAGAUAA